AUGACUGGAGUAACAGCCAAGUCGAAGGGACAGCCCGACUAUGUUCCACCCAUUGACCAGGUGCAAAGAGGGCUCCAUAGAGGCCUCUCAGCAAGACAAGUGUCAAUGAUUGCGAUUGGCGGCACCAUUGGCACCGGGCUAUUCCUGGGUACAGGUCGCUCGCUAGCUCAGGGCGGCCCCGCUAGUAUGCUUAUAUGCUAUGGCAUCGUGGGCGCAAUCGUUUACGUGACAUUGCUGCUGCUGGGCGAGAUGGCGACUCAAUACCCCGUUGCUGGAUCCUUCAACGCCUACGCUACGCGGUUUUUCUCACCAGCCUACGGCUUCGCGCUGUCAUGGAACUAUUGGUUCAACGAUGCGGUGUCCGUGGCGUCCGAUCUCACGGCGGCGCAGCUAGUCCUUCAGUUUUGGACGACUUGGCAUCCCUGGGUCAUCAGCCUCGUCUUCUGGGUCUUCCUUGUCGGUGUAAAUGCGACGCAUGUGAAGGCCUAUGGUGAACUUGAGUAUUGGCUAUCGUCGCUGAAGGUGGCCACGGUGAUCAUUUUCAUUAUUGUCGGCAUCUUGGUCAACGUGGGCGUCAACCGCGAGCAUGAAUACAUCGGCACACGCAACUGGCACAUCGAGGGCGCGCCCUUCGUGGGCGGGUUCGGCGGAUUCGCUCGCGUCUUCGUCACGGCGAGCUUUGCGUAUGGGGGGACGGAAAGCCUUGGUAUCACGGCAGGAGAAACCAAGAAUCCUUCGCGUAACAUGCCUCGCGUCGUCAAGUUUGUGUUUUGGAGGAUAUUGCUUUUCUACGUCCUGAGCAUUGCACUCAUUGGUCUAAACGUUCCCUGGGAUUACCCUGGAUUAUCGAAUAAAUCCACGACAACGUCGCCGUUCACGAUUGUAUUCAAAGAAGUUGGGUCUAAUGUCGCCGCCUCCUUCAUGAACACUGUAAUAUUGACUUCGGUGCUCUCCGCCGGUAAUCACGCCCUGUUCGCCGGCACCCGCGUGCUGUAUGGCCUCUCUGUUACUGCGCCGCGACAGGCACCACUUAUUUUCUCCAAAUUGACUCCGGGAGGGGUCCCGCUAGCCGCCUUGCUUGCGACUAGCAGCGUGAGUGUACUUUGCUUCGGCUCGAGCUUUAUUGGCAGCGGCACGGUGUGGGGCUGGCUCCAGAAUAUUGUGGGAGUCUCCAACCAGAUCGCGUGGUUGUCGAUCGGCUUGGCAAGCUGGAGUUUCCGACGCGCAUGGAUCAAACAAGGUCGGCCACUUGAAGAGAUGAAGUUUCGAGCCAGAUGGACGUGGCCAUGGGGCCCGUACUUUGUCGUUAUCUCUGUGGUGUUCCUGAUCAUAGUGCAAGGCUGGUCGUCCGUGAUCCCGUCCUUCUCUGCGGUCGACUUCGUCUCGUUUUACGUAGAGAUCCCCGUGAUGCUGGUGAUGUUCGUUGGCUGGAUGGUUGUCAGGAGACCGGCUCGCAAGGAAGGACGGCCACGAUGGCACGAUAUUGUAGAUACCACAACUGUGGAUCUGACGCGAGACGAAUACGAAGAAGACGCGGCGGAUAAGGCAGACGAUGAGCUGAGGGCAGAAAGACUCAAGGGGCAAGUGGGGUUGCUGUGGAGAUUGUACUACUGGGUUGUCUGA